CCAUUUCCGGAAAUCGACAUGCUGUUGCUGUUGGCAUUGUUGUGUUUUAUAAUCUCGGCAUAUUUUAAUCGCUAUUUGCCCACUAAUUUAUGCAUAAAUCCCCAGCAAAUGGGGGGCUGCAAAGAACCCUUUGAAUGCAGUAUACUCUCUCUCUCUCUCUCUCUCUCUCUCUCUACCCUAACUAACCCUUCAAAACCCUAGACACUUGUCUCUCAACUCAUUUUUAUUUCGGUUUCGUUGUUGCUUCUACAACCCUUAUUCUUGACUUCUCUGGUAUGCCCCUUUUGUCUAAAUACAUAUAUGUCUUCAUUCUUUAUCUGUUGAAUCUUGAUCAAGCCAUGACAUAAAAAAGUUGUAUUUUGGGGGGGCCUCAGGUUUCAAUUUCUUUCUUCUGGGUUCUUGUUUUCUGUCUAAGAGGAUUUGAAGAAUUUGAAGGUGUUUGAUCAAUGUUCACGGGAAAAGAGAGAGAAAAAGAGGAACGAAGCAAGGGUUUCAAUGAAUGUUGCUAUUCUACGAGUAACAAUGGUGGGCUUAAUAGGAACUAUAGUAAUGGAAAUUGGGUCAGUCCCGGUAGUCCUCAACCAGAAAAGAUGAGAAUCUGCGAGACGAGUAGCGGAUUAAGCCAGAAGUGGCUCGGACUUUCCACCAGUGAUGAUGUUUCAUCUGGUGUAGAACCUCAGGAUGCAGAUUACUGUUACAUUCCCUCCCUUGAUUAUGAACUAGAGGGUCUGAUAUUGGCUAGGGUCCCCAGAUCAGAGUAUUGGAAGCUAUGCUUUGUGAACAAGAGGUACUUAACUCUGAUGAAGAGUGGAGAUCUAUUUCAUAUCAGGCGAAAGAAUGGAAUCAAGGAAUCGUCUGUUUUCAUGUCCGGUAUUGGGGAAAGUAGCUGGUGGGCAUUUGAUCGCGAAUUCAAGUCUCAGCAAAAGCUCCCAGAUUUGCAAACUGACAUCUGUUUUGCAUCCGGUGAUAAAGAAUCAUUUUGUGCAGGUACCCAUCUGCUUGUUUCAGGCAAUGAGUACGAAGGACCUGUCAUUUGGAGAUACGAAUUGGCAAUGAACAAAUGGUUCAAGGGUCCUUCUAUGAUCACCCCAAGGUGUUUGUUCGCAUCUGCCACGUGUGGUACAUUCGCUUUUGUAGCUGGUGGGGUUGGAAAAGAUUCCAAUAGUCUAGAUUGUGUGGUCUUUGAUACUGCUGAGAAAUAUGAUCCAGAGAGAAAAAUUUGGGAAUCCCUUCCCAGGAUGAAAAUGAAGCGAAAGCUUUGCUCGGGGUGUUACAUGGACAAUAAGUUCUAUGUCAUCGGAGGCCAAAAUGAAGACGGUGAACUCACGUGUGGGGAAUUUCUUGAUGAGGGUACAAAUAGAUGGGAAUUGAUACCGGACAUGUUAAAGGAUGAUCAGGUUUUGAGUUGUCACUCUCCGCCUCUUGUUGCUGUGGUCAAUAACGAGCUUUAUGCGCUCGAAGCUUCUUCCAACAAACUCAAAGUGUAUGUGAAGAGCAGCAAUACCUGGAGGCAGUUGGGGUUGGCACCGGUGAGGGCGGAUUCAAGUAGAGGUUGGGGUGUUGCAUUCAAGUCUUUGGGUGAUGAGUUGCUUGUAAUUGGUGCCUCCUCUGGCAAUUGUGUGGCUGUUUACACUUGCUGCCCUGAUCCUGAUGCCUAUGAAUUGCGAUGGAGGCUGGUUAACAGUGACAGGAAUAGGCUUAGUCAGUUCAUUCUUAAUUGUUCUGUCAUGGUAGCUUGAGGGCACAACUCUUGAUCCUCUUAUGUACCAAAGAAAAAAAAAAUUUGAAGUGUCUGAAUAAAAACCCAAAUUCAUGAAGUAGAGAGUCAGUGUAACCAAAAUUGAUGAACUAGAAAAGCUUUAUGAAUUGUUUGUUGUAUAACUUGUAUUGUGGUUUGUAAUUAUUUUGCUCAAUAGCUGUUACAUAUCAUCGGCAGCAUAUUGUAGUGGAUACAAUGUGUUUGAUAUA